CGACCUGCAACUUUCGUGAAAAGUGCGUGUAAUAUCCUGUAAAUACUAAUUUUUCGAAUAUGCAUCGAAUUAGGAUAUUCAAGGAAUGCAUCUCUAAGCCUCUAAAAACUAUAGGAUGCAUCGAAACGGGCUCUAAAUGGCAAUUUUCCCUGCUCGGAGGGAAAUCGGCAUUCAGAAGAAUACACAGGAGUGAAUGUCUGGGACAACAAUUGUUGCAAAGGAGUGAUGCAAGACUCUGUAGAGCAGCCACAACAAACUGUUUACUCCUUCAUAGCAAAAGGAGCAUGAGCACUGAUGAAAAUGGAGGAUCUGAAGGAAAAAUCAAACCAGUAUUCGUUGCUAUUCCCAAUCCUAUCAAAGUCAUCAGAAACAAUAUAUUUUAUUGGUUAAUUCGUUCAUAUUUCGAUCCAGAUUUUUCAAUUGACGAGUUCACACAAGGAGCAAAACAGGCUUUAGUCACAAUUUCAGAGGAGAUAGCAGAAGGAACAUUGGAAAACCUUGAAGAUCUUCUCUCUCCCAAGCUUCUACAAGAAAUCAAGAACACAUGCCGAGGCUUCAGUCUGAAGGAGAUCAGUUCUCUGUCGAUUUCAGGAAAGGACAUUCUACAUACCUUCCCCCAUGACAUCGCUAUACACUACGAUGAUAAAGGAGGGAAGUUCCUCUUUAUCUUGAUGAAGUUCUGGUGUCACUCGACACAGUCCGGAAGCAGUGAUCCAGAAGUCAAGGGCUUCCGAAUUGGAAAACCGCCCCCAGGUGUCUCGCAGGAACAGUUUGACAGUCUUGGAAGUGUCUACAGUUGUACAUAUGAGUUUCAUCGUAAUAUCUCAGCCGGUGCCAACCCACAAUGGAUGAUCACACAUAUGCAACAUGGCCAACUGAUCAAUACUGAAACAAGAGGGCUACCUGAAGAUGAAUAAGUGUCUCGCUCAAUUCAUACUUUUAAGAUCAACAUGUUUAAUGCUCUGUUCAUACAUGGAAUAUGGACGUCUUGUAGAUGACUGGCAUGCUCUGUUCAUACAUGUAUGCAACAUGGCCAGUUGAUAAACCUUGCUACCAGCAGACUAAUGGAAGGGGAAUACAUGUAACUGUCAUACUCUGUUCAUACAUACAACAUUGAGGUCUUAUAAAAUGUCUGUCAUGCUCCUUUCAUACUUGCAAUGUGGCUAUCUGAUAAGUACUGAUGGCAAAGAAAUACCGGUCGAUGAAUGACUGUCAUGCUCUGUUCAUAUAUGCAACAUGGACAUGAUAUAAAUGACUGACAUCUUGCUGCUUUCAUACUUGCGAUGUGGCUAGCCGAUCAUUGUUGAUGGCAUGAGUACUAUUUGAGGAUGAAUGACUGUCAUGCUCUGUUCAUACCUGCGAGCUGACCAGACCAGUUAUAGAAAUCAUAUCACACUAUUUGAAUUUGAGAGGAAAUCAAUUUUUUUUAUGAAACAGUAUCAUUAAAGAAAGUGGGUGAAGAUGAUAAGUAAUUGAGAUCCAAACAUGAUGUACAUAGUGAUUCCAGCCUUUUUUGCAAGCUUUGAUCUGAAUACACUUAUUGUUGCAUAGAGAUACUUCAUACAGCACAGGAUCCCUUACUUUAUUUAAUAUUCAUUCAAAAAA